GACAAAACCCGCGGCGCAGGAGCGGCGCGCGCGGGGGGCGGCGCGAAGGAGGCGGCCGGGCGGCGCGCGGGGAGUCGGGGCGGUUGACCGGCCUCGCCCGCCCCGCCCGCAGAGGCAAGAUGGUGAAGGAGACCCGGCUCUACGACGUGCUGGGGGUGAGGCCCGGCGCCGCCCCGGAGGAGAUCCGGAAGGCUUACCGCAGGCUGGCGCUCAAGUACCACCCGGACAAGAACCCGGAGGAGGGCGAGAAGUUUAAGCUCAUAUCCCAGGCAUAUGAAGUGCUUUCAGAUCCAAAGAAAAGGGACAUUUAUGACGAGGGCGGUGAGCAGGCGAUUAAGGAAGGGGGCUCGGGCAGCCCCAGCUUCUCUUCGCCCAUGGACAUCUUUGACAUGUUCUUUGGUGGUGGCGGACGGAUGGCUAGAGAGAGAAGAGGCAAGAAUGUUGUACAUCAGUUGUCUGUAACUCUUGAAGAUUUAUAUAAUGGAGUCACAAAGAAACUGGCCCUCCAGAAAAAUGUAAUUUGUGAGAAAUGUGAAGGUGUUGGUGGGAAGGAGGGGUCCGUGGAGAAGUGCCCCCUGUGCAAGGGCCGCGGGAUGCAGGUCCACAUCCAGCAGAUCGGGCCGGGCAUGGUGCAGCAGAUCCAGACUGUGUGCAUCGAGUGCAAGGGCCAGGGCGAGCGCAUCGACCCCAAGGACCGCUGUGAGAGCUGCUGCGGGGCCAAGGUAGUCCGCGAGAAGAAGGUCCUCGAGGUGCACGUGGAGAGAGGUAUGAAAGAUGGGCAAAAGGUACUCUUUCCCGGAGAAGGAGAUCAGGGGCCUGAGCUGGAGCCUGGCGAUGUCAUAAUCGUGCUUGAUCAGAAGGAUCAUAGUGUCUUUCAGAGGCAAGGCCACGACUUGAUCAUGAAAAUGAAAAUUCAGCUUUCUGAAGCCCUCUGUGGCUUCAAGAAGAUGAUAAAAACCCUGGACGACCGAGUCCUUGUGAUCACAUCCACAUCAGGUGAGGUGAUCAAGCAUGGGGACCUGAGAUGUGUCCGUAAUGAAGGAAUGCCGAUCUACAAAGCACCCCUGGAGAGAGGGACUCUGAUCAUACAGUUUUUAGUCAUCUUCCCUGAGAAGCACUGGCUUUCUCAAGACAAGCUUCCUCAGCUGGAAGCCUUACUCCCUCCUCGGCAGAAAGUAAGGGUCACAGACGACAUGGAUCAAGUGGAGCUGAAGGAGUUCAACCCCAGUGAGCAGAACUGGCGUCAGCACAGGGAGGCAUACAAGGAGGACGACGACGGGCCCCGGGCUGGCGUGCAGUGCCAGACGGCAUGACGGCUCAGCCGGACUAGCACGUGACAGAGUACAGUGGGCACAGUGGAACGCGUCACCUCACUGGCCUCAUGUUUGGGUGUCCUGUGUGUGCGCUCAGCAUCCUUAAUUGCUAAGUGUCUCUGGUUUUUCUUUUGGUUGUAACUUAAGUUAUAGCUUAAUUUAUAUGUAAAUGUUUUAAAUGUGAAUCACC